UGCUGGCCACAUGGGAUGACUGAGCUCCUCUGCCAGGGUCUAAAUCUGGGACCUGGCUGCUGUGUGUCCUGGCUUUGCCACUCGACCUCUGUUGCCUGGUGGGGAGGCCCUUUCCUGACCUGCAGGGAUCGGCUGGCUGUCAUGUCCCACCGGAAGUUCUCUGCCCCGCGGCAUGGACACCUGGGCUUCCUGCCCCACAAGAGGAGCCGCCGGCACCGGGGCAAGGUGAAAACAUGGCCAAAGGAUGACCCCAGCCGGCCCGUGCAUCUUACAGCCUUCCUGGGCUACAAGGCGGGGAUGACCCACACCUUGCGGGAGGUGCACCGCCCAGGGCUCAAAAUUUCCAAGCGAGAAGAGGUGGAGGCAGUGACGAUUGUGGAGACGCCACCCCUGAUGGUGGUGGGUGUGGUUGGCUACGUGGCCACCCCUCGAGGCCUGAGGAGUUUCAAGACCAUCUUUGCGGAACACCUUAGUGAUGAGUGCCGCCGUCGCUUCUACAAGGACUGGCACAAGAGCAAGAAGAAAGCCUUCACCAAGGCCUGCAAGAGGUGGCGGGAUGCCGACGGCAAAAGGCAGCUCCAGAAGGACUUUGCGGCCAUGAAGAAGUACUGCAAAGUCAUUCGGGUCAUUGUCCACACACAGAUGAAGCUGCUGCCCUUCCGGCAGAAGAAGGCCCAUAUUAUGGAGAUCCAACUAAAUGGUGGCACAGUGGCUGAGAAGGUGGCCUGGGCUCAGGCCCGACUGGAGAAGCAGGUGCCAGUACACAGUGUUUUCAGCCAGAGUGAGGUCAUUGAUGUCAUCGCUGUCACCAAGGGCCGGGGUGUCAAAGGGGUCACCAGCCGCUGGCAUACCAAGAAGCUGCCACGGAAGACCCACAAGGGGCUGCGCAAGGUAGCCUGCAUUGGUGCCUGGCACCCUGCCCGUGUGGGCUGCUCCAUUGCCCGGGCUGGGCAGAAGGGUUACCACCACCGCACUGAGCUCAACAAGAAGAUCUACCGCAUUGGCCGGGGGCUCCACAUGGAGGAAGGAAAGCUGGUCAAGAACAAUGCAUCCACCAGCUAUGAUGUGACUGACAAGUCCAUCACGCCAUUGGGUGGCUUCCCUCACUAUGGGGAAGUCAACAACGACUACAUCAUGCUGAAGGGUUGCAUCGCAGGUACCAAGAAGCGGGUCAUUACGCUGAGGAAGUCCCUCCUGGUGCACCACAGCCGCCGAGCCCUGGAGAACAUUGAGCUCAAAUUCAUCGACACCACCUCCAAGUUUGGCCAUGGCCGCUUCCAGACAGCCCAAGAGAAAAGGGCCUUCAUGGGCCCCCAGAAGAAACAUCUCGAGAAGGAGAAGCCGGAAGCCUCCGGGGAUUUAUAGGGAACAUGGGAUGGAGGGACCUGAGGCGUGCACCCCGGCCCACCGCGGGCCCGUCCUGUUCAAUAAAUGUUGGAGGCAGCU